AUGGCCGAACGAACCCACCGCGCCGAUGAGCGGCGUUUUCUCGAUGAGCGGGGCGGUGACGUACACCUGACCCCCAAUGGCCUGAACCCGGCCAAUGUUAUGGAGAAGGCAGUGCGGGAGCGGAUCGUCGACAGCUACUUCUUCAAGGAGCAGUGCUUCGGUGUCAAUGAGGCCGACAUUGUCAACCGGGUCGUGGACCACGUCUACUUCAUUGGAGGAACGUACGGCUCCACACAAAAGCCGACGCCAUUCCUCUGCCUCGCCUUUAAGCUGCUGCAACUGGCCCCAGGGGACGAUAUCCUCAAGGAGUAUCUGGAGUAUGGCGGAGAGAAGUUCAAGUACCUCAGGGCCCUGGCUGCUUUCUAUAUUCGUCUGACAAGGCGGGCAAAAGACGUCUAUCUGAUGCUGGAACCAUACCUUGAAGACAAGAGGAAGCUGAGGCGCAAGGGCAGGGCCGGUACCAGCCUGACGUAUGUCGACGAGUUCGUGGACGACCUUUUGGUGAAAGAACGUGUGUGCGGCACCAGUCUGCUGAAGAUGCCCAGCCGAGAUCUUCUCGAGGACCUGGACGAGCUUGAGCCAAGGGUCAGUCCUUUGGGAGACCUGGAGGAUCUGCUCGAGGAAGAUGAUGAAGACAUGGCGAACGGUCGCGAGGACGACGACAGGAGGAGCGGGUCGGACUCGGAUGAUAGAGACGAUGAGGACCGAGCGAGGGACCAGAUGGAAAUAGAUCGCGAAGAAACACCUCGGAGCCCGGAUCGAAGCCCUUGA